AUGCAGCUAGACUCCGUCGCCUAUGAUCCAGAUGAGGCUCUUUCAGGUUUUUCACCAGGCACUCCUCAGAUGAAAGCAGUGCAUCCCAAGCUCGAACUCACAGAGAGCCCUCCUCCGGAAAUACCAAGCGCUCAAGUCAGUUUCAGCCCUCCUCCUCUCGACGGAUUUCCCAAGUCUAAUCGCCCAAAGAUCCGGCCCGUCUCUGGUGAUGCCGUCCUUGUCGCCUAUCUGGGCGGCGGCAGCCAUCCUGAGAUAGCCCAAGCUGCCAGCCACCAGGCAUUGCCUGGCGCAGACGAGGGCUCCUUUGAAUUAGAUGAUGAAGAAGAUGAUGAAACCCCUCAAAAGAGCCCAUCGCGAGACACCAACCCUGCGAAAGCCGACAUUAUCCAGCUCCAGCGGCCGGAUGGCGCCGCUACGGCCCUGCGGGCCGUUGCCGCCGAUGCUCUAGCUGCGGGCGGCCACCUCUCCGGGGAAGAUAAGCCCAGUGUUGAUCAGAUCUUGUUGUCGCCACGGCCCGGCGAGCUGCCCCCUUUGCAAAUAGACUCGCCCAAGUAUGAUGGUGUCAAUGGCCUGAGCUUGCCCUCAAUACGAACGACGCUGGGCGCCACUCUGGACGAUAUCAACCAUCAUCACCCGACGGACAUGCCAACGCCCAACGACAGCAGAGACAUACCAGGACGUCACACCGGCGAUGCGCGGACCUUCUCCCGCUCCCCAACCGUAGGUGUCCCACGCUUCUCGUCAAUGUCUACCGGCAGUCGUGCGUCGCACCCAAUUUCUCCCAGCGAGUCGUAUCAACGCAGCUUCCCAUCUCCCAAUUCUCUUCCCGCCUCCAGUCCUGACAACUUCGCGUCCAAUGGAUCCAUGCAUCGCUCUCCCGGCGAGUAUUCGAGCAACAGCGCCUCCGGCAAUACCCUCCAACCCGGCUACACCAUUACCUCGCCAGUCCCUAUAGCCUCUGUAGCGGAUCGUAUGAGCAUCGACGGAAUAACUAACCCUCAGGUUGGAAGCUAUAGCUGCACAUUUCCCGGGUGCACCGCUCCGCCGUUCCAAACUCAAUACCUUCUCAAUUCUCACGCUAAUGUGCAUUCUUCAGUCCGUCCUCACUACUGUCCCGUGCAGGGCUGUCCUCGUUCCGAAGGGGGGAAAGGAUUUAAGCGGAAGAAUGAGAUGAUUCGGCAUGGCUUGGUCCACGACUCUCCUGGAUAUGUUUGUCCCUUUUGCGCAGACAGAGAACAUAAAUAUCCUCGGCCGGACAAUCUCCAAAGACACGUUCGCGUUCAUCAUAUUGAUAAAAAUAAGGACGACCCCCUGCUGAGGGAUGUACUAGCACAACGUCCAGACGGUCCAAGCAGAGGCCGACGAAGAAGGGCACAAGCCUAGGUUCCCGUGCUCAACUCAGUCACCAUUCUGUUCUUCGAUUCAUCAAACAAAAAAAAUUGCGGCGUCUUCCCGAGUAAAAUACCAUCGUUUCACCCAACAACUGUUAUUAUCGAUAAAAUGAGAUUCAUUACAGAGAUAUCACUGGCGCAAAUGGAAAGGAAUGGGAAUGUUUAUACCUACUACAGUAUGGUUCAGGAAAGCAAGCACGGAGUCUUGUAGUAUUCAUGAGUAUUGAGGGUGCCUGGGAUAGUAUUACAUUAAUUGCGGGCUAUGGCGCACCAGAUUUUAAUGCACGAGUUAUCAAAUCACUACAAGCGUUCAUUGGCGCUUUCUGCUC